AUGAGCGGCGGGAAUGGCAACCGCCCGGCAACCGGAAAGCUGGAUCCCCACCUUGAGAUAACGCGCCUUAGCAGCGGUGACAAGCUCAACUCCUCUUUCACAUUCGACUUCCAUGGUAUGGACGGCAAUAACUACUGCGCAAUCUCGGACAACCGUCUGGAGGUGAAUGUACAGAUGUUCAGCCUUCCCUCGGAAGCUGUUGUCCUGGAGCGGCCGGUGGAGGAGGCUGACCCGUUGUUUGAAGGCACUUGGAUGAAGGGCUUUGGGAUCCUGUACCAUGACCAAAACCAAGAGCCUCACAGAAUCAGCAUUCUCCUUGAUCCAGCCGCUGAUAGGCUUGGCGAGCAGCCUUUCAAUGCAACUUGCGACAAGAUUCCUGUGAUGGCCCUAGAUGCACCAGGCCCGGUCGUGUGGAAGAGCCCUGACGGCCUCGCGACCAUCGUGCGUGAGGCUAGCCGCAUCAACUCCCUCGUAAUCUCUUUCUCCGACUUGCUCGAGAUGGAAGUGCUCACCGACUCAGAGAAGGAGCUGAUUGCAGACCCGCCCGUUCACUUCCUGAACUUCAAUGUCAGGAAUAUCACCACCACUCCCGAAGUGCACGGAUUCCUCGGACAAAUGUUUGCGCCGGGGGCUAUUCCUGAGAGGCUGAACAUGGGCACCCUGGAUGGGCUACGUCACCGGGAGUACGUGGAGGGUACCGAUGAGGAGUAUGCUACCUCAAGUCUGACCGAAGAAGAUUGCUCUUUCAGUCGCUUCAACAAGCACACAACGGGGAUACGGAUCAAGAGCUUCGCGUCACGGCAUGCGGGAGUUCCAGAUCUGCCCUUCGAAGUGGUAGAUUUCAUUAGCAACCCGAUUGGGCUGAGAGCCAGGGUUUGGUGCGUCAUCACUCUCUCGAAGGCGAGAAGAACGAUGCCGCCGGACUGGCUGGUGCUGUUGCAGGGGUGCCGCACGCUAUCUUGUCCGGCCGCCGUGGGCUGCAUCCCGGUUCUCUUUCAGCGUGCAUCCGCCUACGACGAGUACACGUCAUUCCUCCCCGCCGACGAGAGCAGCUACUCGUCUUCCAUUCCAGAGGGUGAUAUCAUUUGGGACGGGGCUGACAUCUUCGAGGCGAUCCGACGGAUACCGGAGGCGGAGCUCGAGCGGAAGAGGGCCGUUAUCGCGAGCAUGCUGCCGUCCAUCAGCUAUGAGGACCACGGGAGAGCGCGCGAGCGAGCGCGGCGCGCGGCAGCGGAACCGCUCCCCGAAACCUUCAACCCUCUGGGGGAGAAGAGCGCACACGGCGACGCCCUCGCCGGCGAGGCGCUCAGGCGCGUCGAGACAGCGCUCGACGCGGCGGCCGCCGAAGCGUCAAGCUGA